AUGUCUAAAUUUUUAAAAAACUUGAUAAACAAAAGUACUUUACAGAAAAGUAUCACGUCAUCUAGUGCUUAUCAAGAUGAUGAUGAAAUUAAUUAUGCUACCGAAACAGAAGGCUCAACAGAGGGUUCGUCUGUCUAUGGAGCAUUUCCUGUAGAAUCAUCAUACUCAGCCGAUUAUAGUUGUACAGAAACUGCUAAAGAUAUCCAGCUCAUAUUUGAAGGUGAAAAUAAAGAUACUUUCGUUCUCGUUCCUGGUUUCUUACCUUAUGGUACAAUUAAAUUACCAUUUUGCGGUGGAAUUAUUGUUGCUGACUAUUGGAGAGAUGUAAAGGAGCAGAUUGAUGAUCCUUACAUAACUAAUCCCAAUUCCUUUAGUUCUCUUCAUGAUCGUGCGGUAGAAUUAUAUUAUCAAAUUAAGGGUGGUCAAGUGGAUUAUGGUCGCGCUCAUUCUCGUCGAUUCUGUCAUAAGCAAUUGGGUCAAACAUAUGAAGGUUUGGUACCCGAUUGGAGUCCUGAGAAUCCAAUCGUCUUAAUUGGUAAGGGCUACGGCGCGACGACUGCACUUCAUCUUCAGCAUCUUCUAUCUACUAAUUUUUUCGGUCAGCAUACCUCUGGAAACAUGAUCAAGGGUGUAAUUUGUUGGUCUGCUCCACAUCGUGGUUCUACUCUUCCUUAUUACCUUGGUCUUGAACCUGGUUCAAAAUGUAUCGUGAACCCUAUCUCAAUUCUUCAAUUAUUAUUAUCACUUAUUCAUUUAGCAUGCUAUUUUUCCUUUCUUGAACGCUUUUUUAAUUUUCAUCUAAAUGAUCAAUGGUAUCUUGCAUCAAAGAGUGAAGGUGGUGAACAAUCUUUGUGUAGUGCACUUACUGCACGUAGCAGGUUUACCUAUUUUGGUGAUAAUUUCUUGGUUGACUGGUCCGUGGAGGGUACAAGAAUUCGUUACUCUGGUGAUGAAAAAGAUAAACAUAUUUUGGAUCCAAAUUGUGUCUACAUAAAUUAUGUUUCGACCUGCCAAACAUGGAAAUCAAAAAUAACUGGUUAUCAUUGGCCACGGUUAUCAUGGAGAAACUUACCUACCAUUUUUAUUUCAUUUAUUCUUGGACGUUAUAAAUUUUCACCUGACGUUGAACAAAAAGUUUUGCGCACAGCUUCUUCUACUUUUUGGUCGAAUGAUGGUUCUCUUUCUGUUUACUCUCAACAACCUCCUCCGCAUCAAGAGGUUUUGAUGAACAUAGCCCUUGAUCAAAGACUUUAUGAUCCCAUAGAACAUGAAAUCACUCCUGGUGUUUGGUACAAUGUAUAUGUUGAUGAUCGUACUCAAACCUUUUUAUUCGACAAUGAACCUAUUUUGGCUAUUCUACCGUUAAUUGAAAAUAUACUUAAAUGGUCUCUCAUAAAGAAAUUGAAUGAAUUUCUAAUGCGUUAUAUUGAUGAUUUUGAAUCAUUUUAUGUUAAUUUAGUUGAAUACUGCGAAUUUAAAUUGGUUUCAUCUGGACAACUUGAUGAUAAUGUUGAUACUUCUUCAAAAUCAUUCAAUACUACUACUAUCUCUGAACGUGUAGAGAAAUACUCAAGUGACAAAGCUGGACUCGAUUGGAUCCAUAAAAUUGAAACAAUUGAAAUUCUUAAUAGUCCUAGUAAAAUGUUUUAUUGGGUAAAAAAAUAUCAAGCGAGUUUAGAAAAUGGAAUUUUGCCUGAAUGUGGAAUUAAUGAUAAAAUUUCUGGUAAUCCAUUCACCGCAACUCCAUUUAUGCAAGGGCCAACGUUCGUUAAAGCUAAACAUAAAUUAACUGCUGAAGAUUAUAAAGCAUCAGUGAUUUAG